CGUGGUGAAUGCUUCCCGAUACACGUUUCUCGAUAAGUGUCUUUCAUGCAACUGUGUUAAGCGUCGCGUUAUUUUGUUUUCUGUUUUGUUUUUUGGUUCGUGUUUUUAAUUUUUCCCCCAUUUGUAUCGCAUUUUUGUUAAUUACAUUAAAGUAUUCAAAUAAGUAGUUAUUUUGUGAUGAUGGAGAAAUAAAAUUGCGAACCAUUCCGGUGCUCCUGUGAGGAGUGCAUUUAUUAGUUUGUAACUGUGUGUGUGGGCAUCAGCAACAGCAACAGGUUUUCCAACUCAACUCGCGCCACCUCAGUUUUCAUUUGUUUUCGAUAUUCCGUGGAGUUCGGUUCGCGUCGCGGGAAAAUCGAAUUGCAAUUUAAUGCCACUUUUAAUGGAAAAUGUUCGUAGCCAUUAGUUGGUUAAAGUGACGCGGCAACGGCAACCCGUUUGUACGAUCGCAGGUGUGUUGAUCGUCGGUCGGUGAUUCCAACGGGUUUUCCAGGAGGUUUUCGGCCCAUAACAAGUUCACACUCAACUUGGCCAUAUUACACAGUUAACAAGUGCCACCGCAUCUCCGUUCGGGAUACGUGUUUGUGAAGAAAUCUAAAAAUUGCCAUAAAAAUGGAAAGUGUUCGAUUCGCGCGAUACUGAUGUGCUGCUAGCGACGAUCAUCGAUCCCUCGCUUUAGGCCCGUUUUCAAGUCAAAUUAAUAAACAAACGGCAACGAGAAGAGGUGCGAAUUUUGAAAGUGGCAACUGCCUACUGUCUGCUCGAAAAGUGACUGAAAAUUGUUAUUAUCUCUCGUUAACAUUUUUCCAAUAUUUGCGCAUGGCAUUGACCACCACUCGAUAGAAAGUUUAUCUCUGAUCGAUGGCAAUUAGGGUGGUGUGCAUGACAAGAUAAAUAUUUGCGAACGUAUCUGGCACUCGACUGUUGAAAGUGGACUUCUAUAUAAGCUUCCCGAAACCGGAAUGGAAGCUCAAUGACAAUUGAAUUAAUAAAACGGCAAUAUGAAGAAGCGUUCAAAGUUUAUUUAAACAUUCCCGCAAACAAGCGAAACAAAGCGAAUGCGAAACAAUAUAAAAAGUAUUAGAUAACAUUCUUAAAUGCAAUGGAAAGAAAAAACGCUAGUGCUUGAAAACAAUUCGUCUGUGUGAGAGAGCUUGAUAGAAGCAAAAGAUACCAGGCUUAAAAUGCCAAUAAUCACGGCCACGACAACGACGACAGCCGGUGGAGGAGCAGGUGUGGCAGCCAGGGGCGUGGCUACCGCCAAGACUCCCACCGAUUACCUAAUGCUCCAGCAGCAACAGCCGUCGCACCAGCAGCAACAGCACUUCGCCAAUCACUUCUAUCAACAGCAGCAGCAGGCACAACAGUUGGCGCCUCUGAACGCUUCCCACCAACACCAACACCAGCACUCCCAUCCACAUCCACAUGCACAUCCACAUCCACAUCCUGUUGCUGCUCCGACCAGUUUUGCAACAUUUAACGGAAACUCGAAUCUAAAUUCUAGCCUUGCCAACGGAAGCAGCAGAAAAUUCAAUUGCAGCCGCGACAAUGUGGACGACCAUGCUGAUGCCGCCGACAGUGCGGCAGUUUCCCAGACUUUGUCCGCUGGCUCAGAUGUGGUUGGUAACGGGAACGGCGACAAGUCAGCCGGCUCAGCGCCACCAGGUGGCCAUCAUCUGCGCCCGCCACCGCCGCCGGCUCUCAAGAAAUCCACCGCGCCCGCUUCAGCAGCCGGGAACUCGGCGUCGCGCGAGGAUGUGGCCUCGUUGAGCGGCACCUCCUCGCUGAACAGCCAGAUGUCAGUGCAUAAUCAGUUCAUCUCUGGAUUGCCGAGCAAUGGCAUUGGCAGCAAUGGAAUCAACGGAGGCCCAGCCACCGGACGAGGUGGUCCACCCAGUAGCAUUCUGAAGGGCAGCAAGGAGAAUCUGCUGCAGAAUACAUACUAUAAUGGCGAGGCCGGGGACAGCAGUCUGGGCAGCGAGUGCGGAGUUGCAGAUGGCCAGCACCAAAACCACGCGAACCACGAUGACCCGGGCGACGGAUUGGGACCCCUGCCCCCCAAGUGGGAGACUGCCUACACCGAACGCGGCGAACUCUACUUCAUCGAUCAUAACACCGGAACCUCACACUGGCUGGAUCCGCGGCUCUCCAAAUACCAGAAAAAGUCACUGGAGGAUUGCUGCGAGGACGAGCUGCCCUACGGAUGGGAGAAGAUUGAGGACUCCAUGUACGGGAUGUACUUUAUAGACCAUGUGAACCGGCGCACGCAGUACGAGAACCCAGUGCUGGAGGCCAAGCGGCGGGCGGCCGAGCAGAGCCAACAACAGCAGCAGCUGCAACAGCAACAGCUGCAACAGCAGCAACAGGAACAGCGCUCCAAGACGCCAACUGUGCUACCAGAGGCACUACCCGCGGAGGCGCCUGAUGGGCAGGAGCAGGAGGAAGAGGAGGAGGAAGAGGCCCCCGUGAAGCUGCCCUACAAGUUCACCCGCAAUCCCUCCGAGCUGCAGGGCCAGCGCGUCAACACCACGCUGCUAAAGUCAUCCCGCGGCCUGGGCUUUACCAUCGUGGGCAGCGAUGGCAGCGCUGGUGGGGAUGUGGAGGAGUUCCUGCAGAUCAAGACGGUGGUGCCGAAUGGGCCCGCUUGGGUGGACGGACAGCUGCAGACGGGCGAUGUCCUGGUCUACGUGAAUGACACGUGCGUGCUGGGCUAUACCCAUCACGACAUGGUCAACAUAUUUCAGUCGAUUCUGCCCGGCGAGAGGGCAUCUCUGGAAGUGUGUCGCGGUUACCCGCUGCCCUUUGAUCCAAACGACCCCAACACUGAGGUGGUGACCACCAUGGCGGUGGAUGGACGUGAGUCGGACAAGCAGCGUCGCCUCAACAUGGACGGCAACUACAACUUCCUGGAUUUGUCCGGUGAUGGGGCGAAAAAAGCGAACGGUGCCGGCAGUGGCUUCAUUCUUAUGAAGAAACCUGAACUGUACACCUUCUCCAUCAUGAAGGGCUCAAUGGGAUUUGGUUUUACCAUUGCAGAUUCCGCCUGCGGUCAAAUAGUGAAGAAGAUCCUCGACCGCAACUGCUGCACACAGCUAAUGGAGGGCGACGUUCUGCUGGAGAUCAACGGCUUGAAUGUGCGCAACAAGCCGCACUUUUACGUGGUGGAGGUGCUCAAGGAGUGCAGUCAGACGACACCCACAGCGGUAAAGAUUCAGCGCACGCCGCCGGACCAGCCGGCCAACAACACGCUCGCCCAACUCAACCAGGUCGGCAAUGUGGCCAAGCUGCGCAAGAACUUUGUUGGCAGUGGCCUCUUCCGCAGCAAGACGCCCACAGCGGACCUGUACAGCACCCAGGUGAAGGAGGUACUGCCCAUGCGGCCAAAGACGCCACUGGUGGACACGCGUCGGGCACGGGUUCAGACGCCAAGCAACGAGCUGGACGGCGAAGGUGACGGCGGGGCAGCGACGGAGCGGGAGUCGAGGAAACCGCUUCAGUUGCAGACGCAGGGCAAGUCGAACAGUAGUCUGCAGGAGCUAGACGACAUACCCUACAUGGAUCCCUAUCCCAAGAUUAGCCGUCUGACCGAUCGUCUGGCGGAGGUGACGUUGCAGGGAGAUGCCAAUGGCGGCAUCUACGGGCUGCCGCCCAGCAUGCAGCCGCUGCCGUUGCCACUGGCCCAUCACGAAUCCUGCUAUUGCUACGACUGCCAGGCGCAGCGAUACCGCCCUGGCUACUUCGUACAGGCCCAGCAGGCAGCGAUGUCGGCCAACACCGGUCAGUACUCGCCGCUGCAGACGGCGCAUCUCCAGAACGAGCGGAUCCAGCGACGCGUGAACGAGCUGCUCAGUGAUCGGAGACGCGUGGGUUUUGCCAACCUGGAUCCUCCCCACCAGCAGCAACAGCAGCAGCAGCAGAUGCAGCACUCGCCCAGCUGGCGCAACGGAGCUCUGCUCGAUGCCUCCGAGGAUGCGGACCAGUGCGAACUGACCGAGGUUACCUUGGAGCGUCAGGCGCUUGGCUUUGGCUUUCGCAUCGUUGGCGGCACGGAGGAGGGCUCUCAGGUCACAGUGGGCCACAUAGUGCCGGGUGGCGCGGCAGAUCAGGACCAGCGCAUUUCCACGGGCGAUGAGAUCCUAAGCAUCGAUGGCAUCAACGUGCUCAACUCCUCGCACCACAAAGUGGUCUCGUUGGUGGGGGAAUCAGGGCUUCGGGGGCAGGUCACCAUGAUCCUGCGCCGGCGCCGAGCUCCGCUCCUGCAGCAGGCUCCAGUUAGCACACAGCUGCGACGUUAUCCCUAUGACGUGAUUGUGAGCCGGCAUGAAAACGAAGGCUUUGGAUUUGUCAUAAUCUCAUCAUCGAACCACUAUUACGGCUCGACCAUAGGAAAACUCAUACCCGGCAGUCCAGCGGAUCGAUGUGGGGAACUCAAAGUGGGGGAUCGCAUAGUGGCGGUGAACCGUAUCGAGAUAGCCGGAAUGUCGCACGGCGACGUUGUGAAUCUCAUCAAGGAGUCUGGUCUGCAUGUGCGGCUCACCAUUGGCGUUCCGCUGAAGGAAGGAGGUCCCAGUCCUGGAGGCAGUAGUGCCGGUGUUUCCAGCAGCACUGCCAUGCAGUCAUCUCCCAGUCUCCUGAAGGCGCAACUCUCCCACCAACAGCCACUGCCGCAGCAGAUGCAGCUUAACCACCAUCACCAACACCUGGAGAUGCCAAUGUCAAUGCCCAUGCCUGGACAUGGAAGCUAUUUGGAGCGACCCAGCAACAAUAUCGCGGCCACUUUGGCUCUGCACCAGCAACAGCCCCAGUUAUGACUCUGAGACCUACGUAUUCGGCUCUACAAGAGCUUUCUUUAGUGUUGGAUCAAAUGUAGGCCCUUAGUUUGUACUUUUGUUAGCAAAGUACCGACCCCAAAGACUGAAUUUAGUAGAAUAUAUAAGUCUAACCGUUUGCGAUUCUCGAAACGUUUCGUGAAUGCUUCUUGAACACCAGUUUUAUAAGUUUCAUUUAUCGGCUUAGACUAAGUUAUUACUUGUAUUUAAGAAAAUCUGCCAGUUUGUGAGAUAUAUAUCCAUUUUUAUACUGUUUUAGAUAUGUUAGAACUGUACAAAUGUAAAGGAAUUUAAUAUUUUAUCACGAAUAUGAAUGUUAUUCAAUCACAUUAGACAUUAAAUUAUAUUUUUCAAAUAUACACAUAUUA